CAUUACAAGAUUCUGCAGUGUAUACUGUACACACAGAUAAUCGCAUAUCUACGAAAGAAAAGACACGUUGGCUGUUACUUGAAGCAACGUAGCUUCAGAUUUUUUGAAAUGAUUCAGUUUAUUGCAAUAUAGUUUUUUGUACUCUUUUGGUACGUUCCAACAUUUAUUUUAUAAAUUUUAAUUUUCGUCGUGCAUUCUAUGCAUUUUUACUUAAGGUACAAUUACCUUGAUCAAAAUGAGAAUUGUGCAGCUAAGGAGAAAUCGUCUGUUUAGUUUUGUUAUGGGUGGUAUAUUAGUCCUUAUAUUAUUAUACAUUGUUAUCAGUAAUUAUUCUGAUAAACCAAUAAAUAAUUUUAAAGAAUAUUUGUCGGACAGUUUGAAAAGUAAACAGGUUCCAGUUUUAACAAAAGAACUUGGAAAUUUCGAAGAUAAACAUGUACAAGUGAAGAAUGGACCUGGAGAAGGAGGAAAACCUCAUGUCCUCAGAGAUGAUCAACAGAAUGAUAUUCAACAAUCAGAGUCUGACUAUGGCAUGAAUAUGAUAUGUUCUAAUGAAAUUUCAUUAGACAGAGCAAUUCCUGAUACAAGAAUGCCAGAAUGCAAAUAUUGGAAUUACCCAGAGGUACUUCCUCGUGCUAGUGUAAUAAUAGUAUUUCAUAAUGAAGGUUGGUCAGUAUUAAUGAGAACUGUCCAUAGUGUAAUAAAUCGUACUCCUCCUCAAUUUUUGGAAGAAAUCCUGCUUGUAGAUGAUUUUUCUGAUAAAGAUAAUUUGAAAGGUGAUUUGGAAUCUUAUAUAGAACAGUGGGAUGGCAAAGUAAAGUUAAUAAGAAAUUAUGAAAGGCUAGGUUUAAUAAGAACCAGAUCUCGAGGUGCACGGGAAGCUAAGGGUGAAGUUAUAGUUUUUUUGGAUGCCCACUGUGAAGUCAAUGUCAACUGGUUGCCACCUCUGUUAGCCCCAAUUGCUGUCGAUAGGACUGUGAUGACUGUUCCUAUAAUUGAUGGAGUCGAUCAUAAAACAUUUGAAUAUCGACCUGUAUACCAAGAAGGACAUUUAUACAGAGGAAUUUUUGAAUGGGGAAUGCUUUACAAAGAAAACGAGCUUCCUGUGCGAGAACAAAAAGCACGACCUUAUAACAGCAUGCCUUACAAGUCUCCUACUCAUGCUGGUGGUUUAUUCGCAAUAAAUCGUAAAUAUUUCUUAUCGUUGGGGGCAUAUGAUGAAGGAUUACUUAUUUGGGGAGGAGAGAACUUUGAAUUGUCAUUUAAAAUAUGGCAAUGUGGUGGUAGCAUUCUUUGGGUUCCUUGUUCACAUGUCGGUCAUGUGUAUAGAGGAUUUAUGCCAUACACAUUUGGUAAAUUGGCUCAGAAGAAAAAAGGACCGCUCAUAACUAUAAACUACAAAAGAGUUAUUGAGACCUGGUUUGAUGAUAAAUACAAAGAAUUCUUUUAUACAAGAGAACCCCUUGCAAAACAGCUUGACCACGGAGAUAUAUCUGAACAACUGGCUUUCAAAAAACGAAAAAAAUGUAAAAGUUUUCAAUGGUACAUGGAAAAUGUAGCUUAUGAUGUUUUCGAUAAAUUUCCUGAAUUACCGCCUAAUCUUUACUGGGGAGAGUUACAAAACAUAGCAACUGAUACAUGUUUGGACACAAUGGGUCAUUCACCGCCCAGUCUAAUGGCUACAUCUCAUUGUCAUGGAUUUGGUAAUAAUCAGUUAGUUAGACUGAAUACAAAAGGUCAAUUAGGAAUAGGAGAACGAUGUGUGUCGGCAGACGGGCAAGGAAUAAAGUUUGUAUUCUGCCGAUUAGGAACUGUACAUGGCCCAUGGCAGUAUGAUGAAAAAACAAAAACGCUUUUACAUAGACUACACAAGAAAUGCAUGGCACUUCAUCCUCAAACACAACAGCUAUCUCUAAUGCCAUGUGACAUCAAUAAUACGUAUCAACAGUGGUCUUUCAAUGAAGUUCAUCCACAAUGGUGAAGAAAUACUCUAUAGCUGACAUUCUAUUUUUGACUUUUUCCUCAUUAAAAGAGCUCGGUUGACUGAACAAGGUCAGGUAAUAUAAUACAUUUUUAAUAUAUAAUGGUCAUGAACAAUAGAUGACAAAAUACCGGUGCUGUACAAUUUUAAUAAUGUCGAUUUAAGACUUACAACUGUAUUAACAAAUGAGAGUGUUCAAAAUAAUAUUCAUGUUCAUACACCAAGAAAAAAAGAUAAAUUUUUUUAUACUAAAUUAAGAUCUUAUGCUAGAGAUCUUUUUCCAUGUUUUCCGCUGAUACUAAAUAAUCGUUACACAACGUUAUUAAUCUUUUACUACCGAAUAUUAGUCAUUAUUCUUUCUUUUUUUUACGACCCUUUCACAGUCCGUUUACUACUAUUUUCUAAAUCGCUAUUCAUGUUGUAAAGAAAGUGAUUAUUUUUUAUAAAUAAAAUCACAAUAGACGAAAAAAAUGUUCCAUAUGAUCGAUCUAUAAAACAAAAUCGUAAUGAUCGUAAGCUUAAUGAGGAAAUAAAGACUUAUAACUCGAUAUCUGAAAUUUCAAUAGACUCUAUACAAUUUUAAUAAAAUUGCUAAACGAUUUAUUUUUUCGUAUGAAACUGUGAAAGGAUUAAUUGAUUUACAAAACUAAAGAACUGAAGUUAUCUAAUCAUGUUACAUUAAAAAUAGAAAAAAAGACUGUCGCUGUAUAAAAUGUUUCAUUUUCAUGUACACGUCUAACUCGUUUUUCGAGUGGAUUUUACUUACAUUACCAAAAGAAUGUGAGAAUGUGAGCUUCCAAUUUUGACUGAAUCUUAUCAAAAGAGCAUGUUACUAGUAUAGUUUUAUAAUCUUUUUUAAUUAUUUAAUGCAUACUUUCAGGCAGGCGGUUACUUACUAUAAUGUACAAUACGUAACAUAUGGUAUCUCAAAAUUAAUGUAUUAAGAAAAUGAAGCAAAUAUAAUAAUUUGUCAUAACUGUUA